CAUGCGUGACACCCACGAUCCACGAUCUUUGUGCUCAAAGGUGAAAUAAUGCCAUCGUGGGAAACGGGAUCUAUCGUGUCACGAUGCAUCAUCAGUUUAACGAUCAUAUAAAAAAUAAAAUCGUGUUCGUCACGAUGCAAUUGUUUCACUGAAAUGCUAUAUAAUUUUUAUUGCUUUAAUAACAAUUUAAAUCAAAAGCAAUUAAAAAAGAUCACCAUAUUCUCUUGUUAGCCAGUUUACAUUUGCUGAAGUUUAACGACCUCUUCACAUCUUAAAAAUCUCAAUCAAAAUAUAUGUCCGCGAUAGGUUUUAUUCUUGACUAGUUUUUUCUAUAUGUGUGAUUUUUAGCCAACCGUGAUUUCUUGUUAGGCUGGAAUUAAAAAUUUGUUUGCCGUCGCCGAGGUGAAGGUUUCAACACUAACCCGGUCGGUCGGUUGGUCGGUCGUGAUUUUAUUUUAUCUACAAUAUAUUUUUCUUAUAUUUUAAGUGAAUGUACUAAAUAAGAGGAACCAAAAACACAAAGCUUAUGAAGCCUGCGAUCAAAAAGUGGUCGGUGUUAUUAGGAAGAAUGUGAGGUAUAGAGAACAUUAAAGUCGGCCCCUUUCCUUCAUGCUGACACUCUUAUGCUCGGCUGGUGCAUUACACUGAGACUCGAGCGAAAGACGGAAGACCAUUUGAAACCAUGCCACAAGUCAGUCCGACCUUCAUCGUCACAGAGAAUACUGCGAGAAGAGUGUGCACCCAUGCAAGUUAAAUAUAACCAGAACAUGGGAGAGAAGAAAAGUUGGAAUUUUAUCAAAAAUGAGUGAACCAUAUGUCAAGAUUCCAAAUCUCAAAGAUCAUUUUAAGUAUCGAUAUCCUACAGAAGAUUCUCAUGGAUAUCUGAAGGAUCAAAAUAACAACAUUCUUGAAUUUGAGCUAUACAAUGCUGAAGAAGGAAAAGUAAUGGUGUCCUUGGUGGAUGUAUCGGAUAAAAAACUUUUCCCACACUAUCUUGUUGUUGAUGGAAAUGGAGAGAAGGUUAAAAAGGAUAUACAUUGUAUAAAUCUAAAGAAGGGUGAACCAAAAAAGGUAAAAGCUGCCAUAGAAGUGCAACCAAUUGAGGGUAUGGUUGAACGAGCAGAGCAUUGUAUAGUUCUAUCACAGAAAUUCAAAUUGGAAACCCAUAUGUCUGAGUCAACAUAUGCAAAUUUAAAUGAAGUCAAAUUUGACGAUAGUGAAGGUGGAACAAAAGCACUAAAAGAAAUAACACCUGAAUCUGAAUGGGGGUCAUUGUUAAAAAAAAAGAAAAGAACACGAGGGAAAAAAGGCCGUGCAGAACAAAAAGGACCCAAGUUGACACAGCGUUGUAAGCUGCGAGUACAAUUGUUGAUACCCAAUGAGCAUGGCGGAUACACUGUGUAUCCACCCAGUUUCAGUAACACAAUCUGGAACGAUAAUGCUAAGCCUAAAACUGUGGUCAAAAACACAAUUCCGCAGGCAGAAUCUCCGGCUCCAGACAAGGUGGCUUAUGUUCUUCUUGAACCAGAAAACGAACCAUAUUUAAACACGCGUCGCGCUGAAAGAGAAGAACCACAACCUAUCUCGCAGGAAGAAACCAAACCAGGCGAAUCCAAUGUAGUAUUAAGCUACACUCUUUCAAAUCAACUACCUGUAUAUAAUCAAGAUCUUAUUGCAUUGCCUGCAGAGGGGAAUGCUCCUCUUGACCGUCUUAGAAAUGAACCAACUCUUCUAAAAUCCCUUGGGUGCGAAUUUCUUGAAUAUAAACCCUUCGAGCCAAAAGACCCACCAUUGGAUUUGUUUUCUCUGCUUGAGUUUCCCUUACGCUCAGGUGAUGAGGAAAACCUUGAAAACCUUAAAAAUCCAUCAUUCUUUGAAGAAAAACCUUGGAAUCCUGUUUGGCUUGACAAAAAUCGUAUAGAAUCCUCUGCUUUACGGAAACGAGAUUGUGAAAUCGAGCAGGACUUGCAGCCACGUAGACAGAAAAUAAGAAAGAUUGAUCCUUCCCGCAUGUAUUCAAAAGUAAAAACUUCGAAAUGAAAGCGAUUAAAGCAAAAACUUUUUGGUCAAAGCUGCUUAAGUUUUUGUAUUUUACAGACUCAACUGUAGUUGCCAGCUUUUUGAUGUCACUUCAUUUCAUGUGUUAAUUGGAACGCAUACUGGACCAGAAAAUAGUCCGAAUUAUAGAAUUCCAAGUUUGGUAGCAUCUUUAUAGUUUACAGUUAGCAUCAAUUAGUACAUACCGUAAAUGAUCAAUUAAGCGCCUAAUUUUUUUUGAACUUUUAGGGUGGGCGCUUAUACGGA